GUUCAUGUAGGUCGCUAUUCCAUUAUUCUAAUAGUUAACAGAAUUAUAUAUACCUCUACUCUUUUGUUCCGCUGUUCUGUUAAAAUAUCGUAGUGUGGAAACAAACCCGCCCGUUAUUUAACGAGAUUUAACUCUCAUCAAAGGAGAAAAAAAAUGGCCGCAAACAAUGUGGUCUGAUUCGACGCAAUAAGAUCCUGCUCGCCGGAAAAAAGAAACACGCGUCGUAUUGUCAAUUACUAUGUCUAGGAAAAGAUAAAUGACUCCCGGUGACUUGGUUGAUUGCUAAAUGUUUUAAGGCAAACUACAAAUCGCCGGGAAUUUUGUGUUUUGUUGCUGGUUGUCGAUCGUCGGACGCCAUAAAAAAAAAAAAUAUAUAUAUAUAUAUAUAUAUAUACAUACACAUACACACAUAUAUAUAUAUAUAUAAGUAUAUACAUGUAUAUGUAAUUAUAAACACACGCAUACAUAAAUAUAUAUUCUUCACCGGAAUAGCAGUAGCAGUUAGUGUAUUGAACUUACAACUACCAUUCAACAUUCGACGGCAACGACGACGACGGCGCAUUGAAAAAUCUCCCUCUGUUGUCGUCGUUGUUUUCACUCGGUGUUCGGUGACCUGACACAACAUAUAUAUAUAUCACUUGAUUUCUCAGUUGAAAUUUUUAUAAGUAUUUCCCGAAAGAAUGUCGUCGAAGAUGGACUUUAAGCCGGGCGACAAGAUAUUUGCCAAAAUGAAAGGCUAUCCUCACUGGCCUGCUCGGAUUGAUGACUUACCUGAUGGAGCAGUGAAACCACCAAAAGGAAAGUUUCCUAUUUUCUUUUAUGGAACUCAUGAAACGGCCUUUUUAGCACCAAAAGACAUAUUUCCUUACAACAAGUAUAAAAACAAAUACGGAAACCCACAAAAAAGGAGGGGUUUUAAUGAAGGUUUAUGGGAAAUAGUUCAUGACCCAAAUGUAAAAUUUCAUCGAUCAAGUUCACAAGCAAGCUCGGCUGAUGAUGAUUCACAAGCAAACACUCCAUCAGCUGUAGAUGCUGAUGAUGGUGAGGAAGAAGACGAAGAAGUGGAAAAAACAAACAAGUCUGUGAGAGGUAAAACACCAGCUAAGAAAAGACAAAGUUCCAGUACACCAACGGGUAAACCUACAAAACGUGCACGGAAAGGGCCUCCUGCAAGGUCAAAGUCCAAAGAGUCAACUGUUGAUGAAGAAGAAGUGGCUGCUGAUAACGAGGUUGAGGAUAAUGAAGAUAACGCUGACGACAAAGACAAUGAAGAAGAAGAUUUUGAUGAACCUUCUGCUCCAGAUUCUGAUAAUUCAGAUGAUGAGGAUUUUCAGAUUGAGGACAGUGUAAAAAAAAAUAAAGGGGGUCGAGGGCGGCCUUCAGCAAAAGCACCUUCAAAAGGAAAAGGUUCUAAGAAAGUGGAAGGCUCAGAGAGUGAAUCUGAAAAAUCUAACAAAGAAUCUUCAGAAGAGGAAGAAAUGGAUAAUGAAGAAGAUUCUGAAUAUGAUGAGAAACCAAAAGGAAGAAGCAGGAGUAAAAAGAAGGCGGCUGCUCCUAAAGCAAAAGCUGCUCCUAAGAGAACUGUAAAUCGUAAAGCUUCCAGUGGGCGAGGAGGUGGAGGUGCUCGCCGACAGUCAAAAGCUCCUGUAGAGGUGACAGCUGACAGCCUUUCAUCCUCAAGUGAUAGUGAGGAUUCUGAAGAUAUGAUGAGCAGCUGGAAAAAGCGUGAUGAAGAGAGAAAGAAAGAAAUUGAAAGAUUGAGAAAAUUAGGAGAGGAAAGGAAAAAACAAGAGGAGGAGGAAGCUAUUCAGAAGGCUACUGAAGAAUUACAAAGAGAGCGAGAGUUAAAACAGGAAGAUGAAAGCGAAGAGGAGAAAGUAGUACAUAAAAAGGAAAAGCCUGUAAUUAAGAAGGAAAAGCCCAAAAAGGAAUUAAAACGGAAAGUUAAAGAGGAAACUCCAGUAAAUAAAAACAGAAAAAAAGCUAAGAAAGUAGAUUCUGAUUCCGAAGAAGAAAAAACUCCGGCCGAACCAGAAGACACCAAAAGUGUCUCUAAGGAUAAAGAUAAAGAUGACAGCCCUGGGGCAAAAGACACGGAUGAAGAAGAGCAGAAAAAGACUCCAACGGCAGCUGUUAAGGAUGAAGUAGAUAGCGAGGAAGAGAUUGGCCGUCGUAAAAAGAAGGGACCUUCUAAGCAACUGAAAAAAGACUUUGAUCUCGAUGAUGACGAGGAUGCCAAUAUAGCAGAUGAUGUGCCUGGGGAUGAUAAAAGUGAGAAGUCAGUAUCAACACCUGCUGAGAAGGAAAAAAAUCUGAAAGAAGUAGAGAAGAAUAAGAAGAAUAAACCACAGGAAGUAGCCAAGAAUAAAAUGAAAGAAAUCAACAGGAAAGAAAAAUUAAAAGAAAAAGUUAAAGAAAUUAAAAAAGAGGAGAAAACAAAAGAAAAACGGCCUGUUCGUGAUGAUAAGGCUGGGUCAACUGGGGGUGCCAGCAGUAUUAAUAAAUCUACUACAUCAGCUUCUGAAAAUAAAGACAAUGUUGAGGAGGAGGAGGAAGAUGCAAGGAGAAAGAGAUUAGAAAGAGAAAGAAGGCACGAUAAAGAAGAAGAAAAAGAAAGAAAAAAGAAAGAAAAGUUUGAAAAGAAGAAAAAAGAAAAAAUUCAAUUUUUACAAACUGAAUCUACUUUGAUACAAAUGGAUAAUGAAAUUAAAAAAUCUCUUCAAAUUGAUAAAACAGAUGUUGAUAAAUGUAUUGCUAUUAUGGAAGACUUAGAAGCUUUGCCUGUCACACAAAUCAUGUUGAAAAAGAAUCCCGAUAUAAUGAAUACCAUAAAAAAGAUUAGAAAAUAUAAAGGUAGUGAGAAGAUAAAGAAAAAAGCCGAAGUUAUUUACCACAAAUUCAAAAAUCUUUUUAUGGUUGCUGAAGGAGAAUCUUUCUCACAGGUAUUUAAUCGAGAAACUGCUGAAUUUAAAAAACAGUUAGAAAAAGAGGAACGGGAUCGAAAAGACAAAGAAAACAAAGAAAAUGAGAUAAAACCAGCUGAAGGAAAACCGGAACAAGAAAAUAAAGAGAAUGUUAAUUCUUUAGACAAAGUGGACAGUACUUUAGACAAUUCAACAGCUGCUGGAGCAACUAUUGAAGAUCCAUCCCGAGAUAACUCCAAGUCAGCUACUUCCAACACGGAGGAUGCAAAGGUGGCAUCUGUAGAAGGAACUGAAAUAAAAUCAGAUGCCCAAAUAUGGUCUCCGCUGAAUACUGUUACUCCUCUCACUGGAGAUGUAUCAAGUGGAAUGACACAGGACAAAAGCAUCACUGACACAAUGUCCCACAGCAUUGCACAUCGGUCAGCCACUGUUGCUGCUGUGGACCGAUUGAUGCCAAAUUCAGAAGAUAAGAAAUCCACUGAACAACGGAAUAGUAUUCCAACAACUGAUGCAGCCAGUGAGGCUGUGUGUUCAAAGGUUACUAGUGGAGUCAAAGACAGUACAGGUGAGACAUCAGUAACGGAAGGACUAGUUAACAAGUCUAAUGACAAAAUGUCUGUAAGUACUGUAUCACCUGUGGUAAAUCCAAUUUCAAGGACAGAUGAUAAGCAUGAAAGCAUUCCUGGUGUUGCAUCAAUGUCAACAGUGCAUCUGCCAUCAUCAGCUCCACAUUUAGUACAGUCUAAUCAGCAAACAGGUCAAACUACCCUUCCUCAGGAUCCUUCUAAAGUGCUACAUUCUGUGCAGUCCUCACCUUCAUUUCCUUCGUCUCUUCAUGUGUCUCAUACCAGGCAGUCAGACUUUUUACCUCAAACUUGUGUGUCUCAAGCACAGCAAAACUUGCCUUUAAUGGAGCAGCAACAACAACAACCAUUACAACAACUGCCACAAUCUCACCCGCAGAUUCCUUCUAUGUCACCACGACGGCAACCACACAAAGUUCAGAUGGAUGCAUCUAUGCCGUUACAAAGUGUACCUGGUGUCCCGUCUCAGCUUACACACUCUCAGCACUCGCACGUGCCCUCUUUCCAGUCGCUGGUGCAAAAUCAGUUACCACCUCUACACUCAACUGCUGGUCCAACGCCUGUAGUUGCUACUCCAUCACAGCUAACUAUGGGUCUUACUCAGAGCUCUGUACCACCAUCAAGUGUUGGUGGGUUAUCACAUUUGCAGCACCAACAACCCCACAACAGUCCAGCUGCACUCUCUCAGCCCCAUCGCCAUUCAUCACCUUCUGCUACACCUACAACAACUCCAGUCCCAGUACAAUCUAACACUGUCACCCAGCCCUCUUCUCUACUGGAUUUGUUACCGCCUAUACAGUCUCAUUUCCCUGCAGAAAGCAGCCAAGUGUCCCAUCCUGCUCAACCAAGCAACACAUCUCGUAAAGAAGAUCAACAACCACAACAACAACCACAGAAAUUCGUUCCACUUGCAGAUUUUAGAGAUGAAGAAGAGGAAAUGCUAGAGGAACACAGAGAUCUGGAAGCUCGCAUAGCACAAAUAAUUAAAGGGACUGAAUCUUAUGGCUAUGAGGAACCCCAGCAUACUACUAACCAACUCGAGCAGAAUACAAAGAAUAAACACACAGAUUCCACACCAUUCACAGCUCCAGCCAAUGAAGAGGAAGAGGAAGAUGAUGAGCCAGUCAUGGACGAUGAAGAGUUACAUAGUCUCCUUGGUGUUUAAUGAUAGUGCAACAUCAAGAUAAUAGCUGGCAUCAUCAUUAUCAAUCAGUAUCAUCAUCAUUUUCAUCAUACCACCACCACCACCACCUUCAUCAUCAUUAUUAUUAGCAGCAGCAUUAGUAGCAAGAGUGAUAUAAAAAAAAAAACUCUUAGAUCAAAACUCACUGGAAGAGUUGAUUGCUUUCAGAAGCAAUACAUUUAGAAAGAAGAGAAAAAAAAAACAACAACAACAAAAAGCAAAGAUGUAAAAAUGCAAGAGUGGGCAGUUUUUUUUUUUUUUGUUUUGUUUGUUUCUCUUCACAAGAGAUACCAUUUCUUAAUUAUCUGCACUUAUCAGCAAAUGUAUAAAAUUGUUGUCUUAGAAACAGCAGGUAUGAUGGUUGUUGGCAGUAGUAAACAAAAAGGAAAAAAAAAAACCAAAAAAUUCUUCUCUGCCUUUCAACAUAACUUUCCUUCUCUCCCUUCUCCUAAAUAACUAUUUCUAUUCCUGCUUUAUUUACAUUCUCUAAGACUGUAAGUAACUUCACCUAAACUUAAAUUAGAAAUCUGAUAUGCCCUCAAUUUUUUAAAAAAAAUUUUUAUUAUCAUUACAAUAAUUAUUCUUAUUAUUACUUUUUAUCAAUUAUUAUGUUUUGAAAGUUAAAAUGUAAAAAUAAUUAUUUUGUUAGAUAUUGGGAUCUAGAAAGACAAAUAAUUAAAAGGGUUUUAUAAAUUUCUGCAGUUGAGGCGUAAACAAGAUUUAGGGAAUGCCUUUUUUUUUUUUUUUUUUUUUUUUCCUUUCUCUGGUUACUUUACAGCUCAGAUAAUGCAAAUUAUAUUUGAAAAAUCACUUCAUAAACAGAAAAACAAUUUUCAUGACACUCUUAAACUUCAUUUAUACUUUAAUCUAUGAACAGAAAAAUUGGUGAAUAAAUGAAUAAAAAAAUUCAAAUAAUUUCAAAUACGAAAUCAUAUAUUUCUGUACUGAGUAUACUUUCCUUCUCUCAGUUACUUCACUCAGUUCUAUUUGUAUGAAAUACACUCUCUCCAAACUCAAUGACCUAGUCUUUUACUUUUCUUUUCUUUUUUUUCUGAAGAGAUCUCUUCUUAGACUAAUGUGAUUUGUUUCUGGUGUUCAGUCCAAGUUAAUAGUAUUCAUUGCUAAAGAGAUAAUGGAGAAAGGAUCAGUCUAAAUACUAAAAUCAGUUGACAUGGUAGUUUAAACAGUGGAAACAUUAGUUUCUUUAAGAAUAAUUUAAUACAUUGCAUUUGUAAGAUUUAAUGUUCUCUUGUGGUUGCUUGUGUCCAAAACAAAAACAAAAAAUCAUACUGUCUGGUUGUCAAGCUGUGAGAGUCUUUCAGGUGUGUUCCCUCCACUGAGUUUUGUUUGAAGUAUACCUGGUCUUCAUUGAAACACUUUCUUCUCCUCUGCAUUCAACCACUUCGAUUGAUCUCUGAUAUUAUCUUUUCUCCUUCUUAACAUUGUGAUACUCAGUAAUACAUGGUUAUCCAUCAUCUAAUUAGACUCCAGCAAAUGCAAUGUAGAAUAUCUCUGCCCAAUUCUUUUUUUUUUUUAUUUAUUUCCUCUUAAUUUUCUUAUAAUUUAUUUGCUUAUUUUUAAUAAACAUUCUAGCCCCCAAAUUUUUAAUGCAUAUUUAUUUAUCUUGUGUAUUCAGUAAGUGAACCAGACUAGAUUAAGAUAUCUUUUUCCAAGUUCUAUAACCAAUUUCCACAUGACUUCAUCAUAGUAUAUUCUCUAUGUAUAUCAGAAAAGUUGUGCCUUUUAGUUUGUUUCUCUCUUUUGUUCAUCUGUGUUUUGUGCCCCUCAUGGCUUAUUUGUUAUAUCCUUCCUCCAAUUCUCUCCCACAGCUCACUCUCUCUUUCACACACACGGUUAUGUAUAAUUAAUGUUUUACUUUGAAUGUCCUAAAUUUUGAAACGUUAAUGAUUUGAAUUUUCAUUUGUGUUUUGUUGUGCUCUGCUCAAUUUACCCUUUUUUAAGUGAUUAAUGAAUUUACCCACCCUUUUUUUAUAUAUAUAAUAUAUAUAUAAAAUGUCCAUCUUGGGGCUGGGUAGGGUCCUCUAUUUCUAAAAUUUGUACAAUGCCAUUGUUAAGUGGUUCCUGGAGUUUAACUUUUUUGUUUGUUUGUUUUUUUACUGUCCAGAAACAAUGUGAUGAUGUAGAUCUUUUAAGCAUAAUGAAACGUUGAAGUUUUAUUGUUCCAUUAAUCUAAUUUGAUUGUUACCUGUUCUUAUUUAAUCCUACUUGCUAAAAGAUAAACUUCCUGUUAUUUUACCAUCUUUUACAUUAUUUUUAACAGCCAUAUGAUGGUGUUGGCACCAAGGUCAAAGAGCUUGGCUACAUAUAUACUUUAUAGCACAGUGGCACUGAAUUUAAUUUUCAUUUCUCAUAGGUCAAUAAAAUAAGACCAGUAAUAUGUAAAUUAUAUAUAUAUAUAUAUAUAUAUAUAUCCCUUCUUACUUAGUACAUAUAGGGUCUUGUGCCUAUAAUAAAACAUUUCAAGGGGGAGUUUUUCUUGCUUAAUUUUUCUGAGUUCCUUUCUUCUCUCUCAGCAUUUUAUUUUAACAUUUGCUUUCUUUUAAAAUGACAUUUGAAAAUAUUAAUGACAGCUAGAUAUAUCUUUGUGAUGAUUAUUAUUAUUAUUAUUAUUAUUACUAUUAUCUAAGUCUUUUAGAAUACACUGUUCACAGAAUGAAAGGAAGAAAACAGAAAACUGAAUGCAUUUAAUAAUGAUAGCAGAGGAUUACAAUUAUAUUUUAUGUUUGGAAGUAAUUAAGCUGAAGAGAAAAUUCUUUUAAUGUAGUUUAUUUUAUUUAUUUUUUUUUUUUUUGCAUGCUUUUCAUUGUUAGAAUGAAGGAAUCUGAAACAAACAAGCAUUUAGCUCACGAAACUACUCCGUACCUGUUUAGCAAAUAGUUUUUAUUUAAUAGAUGACAUUUCUUAGUAAAUGUUUGGAAAUCAUAUGAACAAACUGGUUACCGUUUCUGUGUGUAUAUAUAUACACACACACACACACACACACACUUCAUCAUCAUCAUCAUCAUCAUCAAGAUCUGUGUUCUAACAUAUUAACUCUUCUGCACCACUUUAAUUUAAUUUUUUUUUUGUUCUUCUCAUUUCAACAUGAUGUUGAUACUCUCCUUAGGACAAUAUGAUAUUCACUCACCUGAAUUUCAGCCUCUGGCUCCUACUUUAAUCGAUAGCAAGGGAGUAGAAUUAUUGUUUUCAAAUGUAAUUGAACUAUAAUUUAUAGCACCAUAGCUAUGGAGUGAGAUUGUCAUGACUUUUUUUAUUUUAUUUUAUUUUUUUUUAUUAUGACAACUGAAUUCCUCCUGCUUAAUUUUUUCCCCUGUAGGGAAAUAAAAGGUGGAGUUUUUUUUAAAAUAAAAUAUACAAGAAAAAAACAGUAAAAACAAGGUUUCAAAAAUCUUCAGAAAGCCUCCAUUGAAUGAAUUUCUGUCAACCAUACAUACUAUGUCAUCUAAUGUUUACCCCUAAAAUAUUGUAAUAUAGUUUCCCUGUUUUCUCUCCUCUCUCUCUCUCUCUUCCCCUCUUACUAUAUAAUUUUACUGUACCAUUAAUAACUAAAAUGUUUUUUUGGCGUACCAGUGAAAUUAUUUUCUUGUAUUUAGCCUUGUCACUAGCAAGAUUGCUUUAAAUGAAAUGGAAGACUUGGAAUUUAAGAAAAAUAUAUAUAUGUGAACUUUGAACAUCUGAGAAAAAAAUCCCAUUAAAUUCCUAUAGUACACUUCUAUUAUGGCUCUAAGAGAGAACAUUGUAUUAUAUUAUAUUCAUUUGGACAAAGUUAAUCAGCUUGAUUAAAUAUGUAUACCACAGAUCAUUUGGACUUUAUAUAUAUAUAUAUAGAUAGAUAUAUAUGUAUAUAUAUAUAUCCUCUCACCUGCAUAUAUGGAGAAAAAGUUGCUCGUAUAUUUAAAGAGUGCUAUUCAUCUUUUUCUGAAUAAGUGAAAAUUGGAACAUUGGUCAAUAAUAGAUCCUCCUCUUCUUCCUCCCAUCCCCUUAUCUUCCUCUUGGAUGUGAUUAAAAAUUAUUUACUGCAUUGUUU